AUGAAUGAUAAAAAUAAUAAUAUAGUGAAUAAUAUUAAUACUAAUAUUAUAAAUGGAAAUGUAAAACAAUAUGACAAAAUUUUAUCAAAUAAAAAUAAGAAAGACAAUUUAGAUGAUCUUGAAAUACAAAAAAUAGUCAGAAAAGACAUUGGAAACGAUAUAAUGAGUAUGAUCAAGAAUACUAUUGGGGCAAUUGGUAUAAAAAACAACAAAAUUACUAGCAAUACGUUAAAAUUUAAAACAUUAGGCCCUCGAAAAAGAAAAAAUAUAUCAUCAACCAAAUUCAAAUCACAUUCAUCUCAAAACGAAAAUAAUUCUGGAUUAAGUUUUAUUGAGGAUUUAAGUAAGGAUGAAUUAAAUGAUGAGGUAUUGAUUGAUUUAAUUGAAAAACAAGAGAUUCAAAAAUUGAAAGACGAAGAAAAAAAAAUGGAUGUCAGAAAAAGGGAGAUUGAGGAGCGAAAGAAAAAAGAACAAAUCGAAAAAGUCGAGCAACAAAGAAAGAUAAAAAAAAUGAAAAAAGAACAACAAGAAAUGAAGAAAAUUGAAAGGCUAAAAGAGAUUGAAAUAAAAAAAUUAAAUCGGAAAAGUAAGUUAGAAGAGAGGAAAAAAGAAAGGGAAAAUUUAAAGCAAAACAAUAUAAAAGAGAUAUUGAAAUAUAUGGAUGAAGUAUCUAUGGGAGAGUUGGAUGAGAACUUUAAGGAGAAUGUUAGUAAUUAUAAUCGGGAUGAAUAUUUAAAAAAAAUACGAAAAAAUAAUAACAAAGAUGAGAAAUCCGAAGAUUUUAAUAGAAUUUAUAACACAAAAUUUAAAGCUGAUGAUGCGUACUUGACAAAAGAAGAAGAAGAAGAGUUUUACAUUAAAUAUUAUUCAAGAGUUUCUAAUGAGACUAGUAAAGAUAGUUUGAAAAGUAAAAUGUUGGAACCAAUUAUUGAUUUUAAUAUCUUUAAUCCGUCAAUUGGGUUGAAAAAAAGUCUUCCAGUGAACAUGAUUGAGCAUAGCAAAUCAAUGAAAAGAUUUAACAAUAUAUUUUAUCCAAAAGAUAAGAGUAAAAAUAAAAUAUAA